GCCACUGACUACAUACGGAAGGCUGCUUCCUUCCGCUGAAACGUGUAUGAGUUUUGAAUUAAAAAAUAUAAACAUACUGUGCAGCCAGCUACUUUCCCAAAAACUCAGCUAAUCUACCAUUCAAUACAUUGACGUGUCGAUGGAUUAAGAGAGUACCACACUAAACCUAAUAUCUUCUCAAUUCAAAGCUGAAACAUUUUGUUUAGAAAUUCAAAUUGGCGCUUCUUACAACCACAGUUCCCAACCUAAUCUCUAUUCAAAAUUUUUAAUCAAUCAAAACAAAUUCACAUUGCCGCUUCUCCAAUUACUUGCGCGCAGAUGGAAAGAAAAUUCGAGCUGGGUAAAGAUGCGGUUGAUCUAGGUAUUCAACCACCAUUCAGUCGCAAUGUUUAUUUUGUUACCCUCUUUCCUCUUUUCCGAAUUGAUGGAGAACACACUUUGAUAACGAAAUCAAAGAUGCAGAUUGAUGUGUAUGGCCCUGUUGUAACUGUCUGGACUUUGCCUGAGAAGAAGGAUUCUCAUUUCCAGGAGGAUCACAUUACGGAGCAAAAUGAUGUAGGGCUAGAACCUAAAGUGAUGUUAGAUCCAGCAACAUACUUCUGGAUCGUAAGUGAAAUCCACAAGUAUUAGAUUUUGGACUUACCAAUUUGUUUGAAUAAAAGAUGGUCAGAAUCCAGCAGCUUGGAUGUUGGAUAUAACUUCAGAAUUGCUUGAAGCAAUAAAUGGAGUCGACUUUGCUGAAGUGUACAAGACAUAACUAUACAGGAGAAACAAAGAAUUGACAGGGGUUCUGUUUGGAAGAAUUUUUCUGCUUGGAUUAUGAACAAAAAGUGGAUUCUUUACAGUGAAGUGUGGUGCUGAGCUGUGGAAGGGGCAAAAGUUCGAAAAGCAGUGAUAAGGAAGAAGAGAAACUGAAGGAUGUGGUACAUGUCAGAGUGAGAAGGGGCCACUGGCCCUCAAAUUUGCAGGCUGCAGUUGCAGAGACAGAUCUGAUGGUCCUCAUAAUAUGUGCGGAGAGUUGCUCAAAAUUAGCGGCAAUUUAGGAAGGUAACGUGUCUUCACUAGCUAUUGUGCAGGCUUGGAAUUCUUCAACACAUUAAUCAUGUUGAAUUUACGUAAAUAACUCUAUCUAUAUGCAAAGUUGCAAAUCAAAGUGAUUCGGAUGUGGUGUGUCGAUGAGGCUGACUAUGUUGUACUGGAUUGAUGAACAAAUCAGAGUUGAAAGAGUUCUGGGAACAAAUUUGUAAUCAAAGUUUCGACUCUAGAUUUUGAACUUUCUUCGACAUGCAAGUAGGAAAAUAUGAUCAAACAUCAUUGGCUCAUGAUGCUUCAGCAUACUUUAUUAGUAAUUAUAGUAUAUAAUUUGGAGGAUAAUUUUAUGGCAGAGUUGAUAAAGUUGCAGAUGGAUGAAUAAUAGAGGAAGAAGUCAGAGAGAUAUGGACACUCUUACUGUGAUAUUGAAAAUUAGUCAUAUAAAUGGUCUACUUGAAAAAUUGUAUAUUAAGGAUAGAAAGUUAAUAUGUAAUUGGUCAAACAUUUACGUAGAUUAUCAGCCUCAGUGAAGUAGUAGAUCCGUCAAGUGUGUUCUCGGUUUCUCUUCUUUUUUGUUCUGGCCAUGUAUUGUUUGUUAUGAUACCAAUGUGUUCAGGUGCUGUUCCGGUGAGAGCAUAUAUUUAGGUUAAAGUGUAUUUUUAUGCUAAUCUGUUUUAAAUAAGUAUUAAAAUUAUGAUGGUGCUACAUGCACAUCCUAGAUUUUUUCA